ACAAGAUCAUCUCCACCACACUGCCUAAGGCCUUCCAACCCCUCUCACCUGACUCUUGUAGGUAUCAGACAGAUUAAAACUCAGAUGGUAGCCUUUUCCAGGCCUUCUAGUUGCGUGCAUAUCUUUUGGAUCGAUGUCUACUCACAACGACACAAAGAUGGGUGAUAUCACGAGCGCGAUCGGCGACUUCGAGGUGCCCUCCAGCUUACCCCGUCAUGAGGCGUAUGCUAGUACUCGCGAAGAUCUUGAACGAAGAUUAGUCAAGAAGCUCGAUUUGCGCAUGUCGAUAAUCGUGGUGAUCUAUACUCUCAACUACAUCGACAGAACGAACAUUUCCAAUGCUCGGUUACAAGGUUUUGAGCAGGAUCUGCACCUGCAGGGGCAACAAUACGCCACGGUCUUGUCGAUCCUAUUCGUCGGAUACACCACGAUGCAAGUGCCAGCAAAUAUGUUUCUGUACUGGCUGGGGAGACCUUCUAUCUUUCUUCCAUCUUGUAUGUUGGUAUGGGGUGCGAUAUCGGCAUUAACAGGGACCACAACAAAUUUUACGGGGGCUGUUCUCGCCCGUUUCUUUCUUGGCUUUGCGGAGGGUCCUUUUUACCCUGGAAGUUUAUUUCUUGUAUCUCAGUGGUACAAACGAGACGAGCUUGCUUUGAGAGUAACUGUCGUUUCCUGUGGAAUCCCGAUCAGCAAUGCUUUCGGAUCCCUGAUUGCGUCUGGUAUACUUCAAACCAUGCAGGGGAAACUUGGUCAUGCUGCAUGGAGGUGGUUAUUCUUUAUCGAGGGGGGCAUUACGAUGUUUGUUGCAAUUUGCGCGCUGUUCAUACUCCCCGAUUUCCCACACAACACGAAAUGGCUCACUCCGGAGGAAAGAGAACUUGCUGUGUCUCGCCUUGUGGAAGAUGGUCAAGGUAGGGCUGGGGUAAGGGAAAGGACGAGCAUGCAAGGACUGUGGGAUGCUUUGUCUGAUGGGAAGGUGUGGGCAUUUGUAGCUGCAUACAUUGCCCAGCUUUUAGGCCAGUCAUUCUUCGCUUACUUCCCGACCCUCAGCGCGACAAUGGGAUACAACACGACUGUAACUCUGUUGCUCUGCGCUCCUCCAUGGGUAUUAUCUACAAUAGGUUCGUUUGCUCUUUCGAGGUACUCUGAUAAGAAGAAAAAGCGUUACAUCUACUUUGCUGCCUCUAAUGCAGUCACAGUCCUUGGAUUCGUCAUAUCUAUGUGCACGAUGAACACGGCUGCACGUUAUCUUUCACUGUUUCUGAUGGCUCAAGUCAACGCCGGUUACAUGGUGUUCUGGAGCUGGGUCAACAAUACUUUCACUGGGGAACCCGCGAAGCGAGCUGUGGCUGUUGCUUUGGUUAAUUCACUGGCCCAAGCAGGAAAUAUUGCUGGAUCGUACGUCUGGCAGUCUCACUGGGGCCCGACAUAUCGGUAUUCCUAUGCCGUCUGCAUUGCAGCAAUUGGGGUGUCAACGGGCAUAGGUGGUGGGAUGUAUAUGUAUCUGAAACGUUUGAAUGAACAGAAUGCGUGGAAGCAGGAUGGAGAUGAUAACGAGAGCUUUAAAUAUCUAGUAUAGUAGCAUGUAGGAUUCCUGUCCGUCUCUCGUGUUUCCUUUCCUUUCCGUUCACUGAUUUCCCCUUUCUUUCAUCUCAUGUACUCU